CCAGCCCAGACAAGGAGCUCUGAGCCCUGGACACUGCAGACAGACCCUCUGACCAACAGUUGGACGCUUGGCCUGGCCAUGGGGCUCAGUGGCGGAAAGUCUGGGCUGCUGAUGCCGCCAUUGCUGGUGCUGAUCUGCCUGCAGCGGGGGACAGGCCUGGAGCGCAUCAACUACGUGCCCCAGCUCUCAAGUGCGGCUCUGGCGGGGACACUCACCCAGUCCACCCUCACGCUGGAGCAGCCGCGGGGCCAGUUCAGUCACCUCAACAUCUCCGACUUUGACCCCAUCUGGCUGGUGGUGGCCUCGAGCAAUGCCGCCAAGAACUUCACUGCCCCACAGAGGGUGGCGGACACCCCAGUUCCUGCUGACUUCCCCCAGAGGGGCUACUACCUCACGAUGAUGGCCAACCGGGCACUCUAUCCAGGUAGCCAGCCUGGCAACCAGCUCCAGGUCCUCCGUGUCGGCAAUGACACCCACUGCUUCCCAGUCACAAGGGGCUGCAAUCACCCCCUGCCGGGCCCGGGUCCCUACCGAGUGAAGUUCCUGGUGAUGAGUGACAGAGGCCCUGUGGCUGAGACAGAGUGGUCCAAUGAUACCCAUCUGCAGCAAGCGGAGGCACUCCAGGCUGCCCCCGAGCUCCUGAGUGCGGGAACAGUGGUCAUCAUUGCCACCCUGUCAGUCUUGCUGGCUGUUCUCCUCACCGCCCUCCUGGCCCUGCUCAUCUACACCUGCUACGACACCUGUGGGAGCACCCCCAUUUCGGGACCAGGGGAGUUGGUGUGCAUGAGAAGAUAUAACCCCCACUACAUGUUCAGCCCUCCAGCUAUGGGGGGCUCCUGAGUGGCUCCAGGGGAUUCCCAUCUGCCCCUCAACCUCCUCCCUGGUCCAGGCUGCAGAGCCUGGGCUAGUAGCAUGUCCUGCAGCUUCUGGAGCUCAGAAAUAAAUGUCCCCAACACUGCCCUG